CGGACCCGUGCCUUCCGCCCGCAAAAGUCGGAUUGAUAGGAUUGUGGCCUAGUCCUGAGGUGGACUAAAAUCCCACUCCAAUAAGACAAUAAAAGGACAAGACAGAAAAGUUUUUCUUUUACUCAUCCGCCUUAUAAGAGCGACACAUGCUGCAGAUUUCUCCAGCUCUACUCUGGCGGACUAGCUUUCCUCGAGGCCCUAAAUUAUUUACCGGUUUGAAGGCCGACCUUAGCUCUGCGAUCCAAUUUCGGGGGUCCGUUCAAUUACCCCAGAUUCACAGACGUAGCAUGGCGACUAGCAUCAGGUCCCCUAGGGAUCCCAAUACCCUCAGCAACUACAACGAUUGGAUCUGUACCCAUAUCACCGCCAGAUUUGACAUCCUUUUCGACCAGAAAAAGCUCGUGGGCAGUGUCAUCCACAAGCUCAAGUCAGCUACCGACGGCGACUCGCGGGAGAUCAUCUUGGACUCGAACCAUGUGGCAAUCGGCGGCGUCACCAUCGAUGGAAAGCCGUCCAACUGGGAGCUCCUUCCUCCGCUCGAACCUUACGGCUCUGCCCUGAAGAUCCAGCUCGAACAAGGCGUGAAAUUGAACGAAACGAUCGAUGUUGAGAUCUCUGUUCAGACCACCGAGAAGUGUACUGCACUUCAAUGGCUGACUCCGGCCCAGACGUCCAACAAGAAGCAUCCAUACAUGUUCUCUCAAUGCCAGGCUAUCCAUGCGCGGUCCAUCUUCCCCUGCCAAGAUACGCCUGAUAUCAAGAGUACCAUCGACUUCAAUAUCUCGUCCUCUCUUCCUGUGAUUGCCAGUGGCUUGCCAGUCCGUGAUGCACUAGGUGUGCAGUCAGCCGAGGGCAAAUCCUUGUAUCAGUUCCAUCAACGCGUCCCGAUUCCGAGCUAUCUCUUUGCUCUGGCCAGUGGUGACAUCUCGGAAGCUGCAAUCGGACCCCGGAGCGUUGUGGCAACUAGCCCUGACAAGCUGCAGGAGUGCCAGUGGGAACUCGAAGCAGAUACGGAGAAGUUUAUCGGCGCGAUUGAGAAAAUUGUCUACCCUUACGCUUGGGGCGAGUACAAUGUCCUGAUUCUCCCACCAAGCUUUCCGUAUGGAGGAAUGGAGAAUCCGAUCUUCACCUUCGCCACGCCCAGUAUUAUCUCCAAGGACAGGGAAAAUAUCGACGUCAUUGCCCAUGAACUUGCACACAGCUGGAGCGGUAACCUCGUGACCAAUGCAUCGUGGGAGCAUUUCUGGCUCAAUGAAGGCUGGACUACCUAUCUCGAAAGGCGGAUUCUAGCUGCUGUACAUGGCGAGGCGUAUCGGCAUUUCUCUGCCAUUAUAGGUUGGAAAGCGCUCACAGACUCUGUGGAGCAUUUCGGCCAUGACCAUGAGUUCACCAAAUUAAUUACGGAUCUUAAGGGCAAGGACCCAGAUGAUGCGUUUUCAAGUAUUCCUUACGAAAAAGGCUUCAACUUCUUGUUCCAUCUGGAAACACUUGUCGGGAAGCAGAAGUUUGACCAGUUUAUCCCUCAUUACUUUACCGUGUUCAAGGGGAAGUCGCUAGACUCCUACGAAUUCAAAUCCACUUUGCUGGAUUUCUUCCGUUCCGAUGCUGAAGCGUCUGAACUACUGGACUCUCUUGAUUGGGACACGUGGUUCUAUGCCCCCGGGUUGCCCCCUAAGCCCCAAUUUGACACAUCGCUUGUCGAUGUUGUUUAUGAGCUUUCUCAUAAAUGGAAGUCUCUUUCCGAUACCUCCUUCAAGCCGCAGCCGAGCGACAUUGAGGGAUUGAGUGCAAACCAGAUCGUGGUCUUCUUGGAACAGAUACUCCUUCUUGAGAGGCCUCUUGCACCCGAAUCGUCGAAGCUUAUGGGUGAAAUUUACGGACUCGCCAAGAGUGAAAAUAUAGAGGUCGCCAACUUGUACUUCCAAGUUGGUCUGAAGGCUGGCGACGAGAGUGUCGUCGGGCCGACAACGGAGCUAUUAGGCAGAAUUGGAAGGAUGAAGUUUGUGAGACCUUUGUUCCGGAGCUUGCAGAAAGUCAACCGUCCAGUUGCAGUCGAAACUUUCGAAAAGUACAAGGAUUUCUAUCAUCCUAUAUGCCGAGCCAUGGUUGAGAAGGACCUCUUCGGAAAGAAGGACAUAUAACGAUAUUGGCAAGUUCUUCGGCUCCCCGACUCUUCGACUCGCGCGUUCCUGGGAUGUGCUCGUCCGGGAAACUUGUUCAUUCUGGGGUUAAUUCAUAUUGGAUAUGACCCAACGGGCGGGGUCGUCUACGCUCAUUAGCCAUCGAAGUGGUAGUGAAGUAUGCAAAAACGGCCAUGCAAAUAUGUUGAUGGCAUCAUAG